AUGGCCAGAGGAAACCAACGUGAUUUGGCAAGGGCCAAGAACCAAAAGAAACAAGAGGAGCUCAAGAAAAGUCAGAAGAAGGGUGAUAAGAACAAAAGGAUGGAGAAUGAUGCUGCUCAAAUGAGGGCCAAGCAAGCUGCGGGAUUGUUAUUUGAUCUUGAUUCGUAUCACGAUGUCAAGACUAGCGAUGGUACGACCAUGCGUAUUUUCCUUUACCAUCCAAAAAUCCCCAACUACCCCAAAGUCAAAUUUCCAGCAGUGAUUGUAUACAGUGAGAUUUAUCAGGUAACUUCGCCCGUUGCAAGGUUUGCUAGAGAUAUUGCUGGUCAAGGUUUUAUUGUUGCAGCACCUUCGAUUUAUCACAACUUUGAAGGACCCGAGCCACUCGCAUACGAUGUCGAAGGUACCGAUAAGGGAAACAAUUACAAAAUUGAAAAGGAAUUGCAAUCCUACGACGAAGAUUCAAACUUGACGAUUGACUAUUUAUUAAGUUUGCCAACAUGUAACGGAAGUAUUGGUGCCACGGGUAUGUGCCUCGGUGGCCAUUUGGCUUUUAGAACCGCAUUGGAUCCACGGGUCAAGGCAGCAUUUUGCUUUUUUGCUACAGAUAUCCACUCGCAUUCUUUGGGAAAAGGCAAGAACGAUGACUCGUUGAAAAGAUGCGGAGAGAUCAAAGGUGAAUUGAUCAUGGUGUUUGGCGAUAAAGACAACCAUGUUCCAUUAGAGGGCAGAGACUUGAUCAGAAGCGAAUUAAGACGUCACAAUGUCCAGUUGACAUUCAUUGAGGUCAAUGAUGCUCAACAUGCUUUUAUAAGAGACGAAAAUAGUAAAGGAAGGUAUGAUCCUGCAGUUACCGGUUUAUGUUUCGACUGGUUGUUGGAAUUAUUCAAUCGUCGCUUGAAAUUGGACUACGGAGAUCACGACGGGAAGAACAGGGUCAUUGAAGAUGUCUGUUAG